CACCGUUUUGCGCCCAACACCGCGUGGUGCGAGUGGGCCCGUGCCAACGGCUGCCUACCCACUCAAGAGGAGGAGGUAGAUACAACGGAGGAGGUUGAAGUUGCGAUGCGGGAGGGAGCGUUGGCAGACAAUGGCAUUGCAAAAGACACUGAACAGGCAAGUGAUUGGAAAGCAUGCGGCUUAGGUAAGGGCGCUUCUUUUUUAAACUUCGAGCAGUCAACUGUGGAUGUGCUGGAUGAAUUAUCGACUGCCACAUCGGAAACUGUCCCCUCCUUCGCCAAAGUUCGCCAUUCCAUAACCGGAGAGGAUGAUUACGAAAGUUGGAUCCAAUACGACCGCAAAUGCUCUUCAUUCGACAUGGCAUCUCAACGUAUUUUGGUGUUCGACCCACGUCACUACGAGAGCCAACGAACCUGUUCCAUUUUUUUCUUCAUCGAAGUUAUGGCAAGCCAACAUCAUCAGCGCGAAUUGGGUCAACUUUACAAUACCCUCUUCACCGGCAACGUCUUGCGUCAAGACCAAAUCCACUCAGACUCCAGGCAGACAUGCAGCACUUGUCCUUGGUUCGGGUUCUAUACGAAUCAAUGCCCUUCAUACUACUCCUACCCGUCAUACACCUCCUCCAUCGAACUCGAUAAAUUGUUUACCUCUGCAGAACCCAUUAAGAACUCGUUGACCUCCGACUUUUGCACGUGGUCGGCACUGGAUGGUCAGGGCACAAAUGACCUGUUCGGUGGAUUAUUUUUUGAGGGCCACCGACAUCGUGGAGACUUUACCUGCUUCCUUGAUGCUGACAGUGAAGGCGACAGCAUUAGUGGAGUUAUUGGACGUCUUUUCGAUUCAACCUCAUCUGACAAUGAAGAUGGUUCCAUGGGAGUCGAACCACAACCCGAUGAAACCGAAGAAACCACAAUGGAUUCACAAAGUGAGAUGUCUGACGUGGUGGCGGAUUUGGAAUCAGAAGCUGUCUCCUCACCCACGUAUGGUGACGCUAGAUAUGCAAGCACGAGUUCCAGCCAAAGUGGGGGAUCACCUCCAUCAUCAGUUACUUAUUCCAACAGCUAUAAGCUUUAUCCACCAAUGAGCGACUGCACGAAUUGCAAUUAUGAAUUCGAUUCGGUGAAACAAUUGAUAAACACGGAUCUAUUUCCUCAACUGAGGUGGAUGUUUCGUCAGACCCGAUGGCCCAUUCGAUUCGCACCACAGCAG